AUGUCAAACUCUCAGGAGGAAAAGCCAAAAGACGACCCCUGGAGCGCAUACUCUUCUCAACCAAGCAUGACAGGAUAUUACUUCAGCGACCAAGCUGCUUCAAAUCCUAUGUCUUCAUUACACUCCCCAACAAACAAUUUUUCAGCUGAUGUUCCAGCUCCACAUCAGUCUGAGAAAGCUUCGAAUACAAGUUUCCCUGAUUCUGGACCCAUUCAUGUCCCGAUUGAAAAUAGAGUUUCUCCAGAACCAAUUCUCAAGAAAAAGCGAUUUCUAACUAUCAGUAAAUCAACCUUUUCUGGGGCCGAAGAAAAAGCGUCAAAAUCCUUUGCUCCUGAAUCAAAAGAAAUCCCUGGUAAGUUUCCUCAAAAUACAGACUCCAGAGAAAAAAAGACAGGUUACAAAGAUACUGGUCGAAGCAAUACAAUUCCUGGUUAUCCUGGGCUCAGCGACCUGAGUAGAAAACCUGAGCCAUGA